ACAACAAAACCAACCAAGAAGUCGUCCUGCGCAUGCUCAAGCUCGAGGAAAUCUACGACGUCACCGUCGCUCGCGAUGGGCAGGAAGCGCUCGACCUCGUCAAGGAAUCCAUGCUCGGCUCCGCCGCUCCUUACAACCUCGUGCUCAUGGAUGUUCAAAUGCCCACCAUGGACGGCUUGCAGUCCACCCGCCUGAUUCGCGAGAUUGCGCGGGGACGGGCAAUUCGACGUCUUUCAUGAUCGAUGGCGCCGGGUCCGCACCUGUCGUCGCCAGUGGGAGCGGUAAAGCUCCUGGUGGCGAGUCGACGAACGGGAAACCUGGCCCGGUUUCUGCGAGCCAGUUCGGGCUCCAGGUUGUGGAUGAGAGGCCUGUUAGCCCAUUCUCUCCUUCUUGA